AAGUGCUUGUAAAUAGGACUGUAUAAUAUGAUGGAGAACGGGCAUCAUGUGAGCAGCGCUCCGGCCGCCUCAGCCUGCAGUCCGGAGAAGAGGAGGCGUACUGUCCGCGUUUGGUGCGAUGGAUGCUAUGACAUGGUCCAUUAUGGUCAUUCCAACCAGCUUCGACAAGCCAAGGCUAUGGGGGACUAUCUAAUUCUGGGAGUGCAUACUGACGAGGAGAUCUCCAAGCACAAAGGUCCUCCAGUCUUUACUCAAGCUGAGAGAUAUAAGAUGGUGCGAGCAAUCAAGUGGGUGGAUGAAAUCGUGGAAGGAGCUCCAUAUGUUACCACGCUUGAGACUCUGGACAAAUAUUGCUGCGAUUUCUGUGUUCAUGGAGAUGACAUCACUCUUACUGUGGAUGGGAAAGACACAUAUGAAGAAGUGAAGAAGUCGGGUAGGUACAGAGAGUGCAAGAGAACCCAAGGUGUUUCCACUACAGACCUGGUUGGCCGCAUGCUGCUCAUGACCAAAGCUCAUCACAGCAACAUGGGCAGUUCAGACUAUCAACAGCACACAGACAACUUUGGAAGAGGCCCAAAGGGCCACAGUCCCUGGACAGGAGUGUCACAGUUCCUGCAGACAUCCCAAAAAAUCAUCCAGUUUGCCUCAGGAAAGGAACCUCAGCCAGGAGACACCAUCAUAUAUGUGGCUGGAGGUUUUGACCUAUUCCACAUUGGCCAUGUGGAUUUCUUGGAUGCAGUUUCCCAGCUUUCAGAGAAGCCAUAUGUUAUUGUGGGCUUGCACUUUGAUCAGGAGGUGAAUCGUUACAAGGGGAAAAACUAUCCCAUCAUGAACAUCCAUGAGAGGACUCUAAGUGUGCUGGCCUGUCGACAUGUGUCUGAGGUUGUUAUAGGAGCACCAUAUGCUAUCACAAAAGACUUAUUGGAACAUUUCAAGGUAGACCUGGUGUGCCAUGGGAAAACUGAAGUGUUUCCAGACAGAGAUGGAUCAGACCCAUAUGCUGUACCAAGGAAAAUGGGAAUAUUGCAAACAAUGGAUAGUGGAAACAGUCUCACCACUGAUGGCAUUGUGCAGAGGAUAAUCAAAAACAGGCUGCUGUUUGAGGCGAGAAACCAGAAAAAAGAGGCAAAAGAGAUGGCAGUAAUCCAGGCCAUGAAUCAACAAGAGGAAGAGAAGGCUUAA